AUGCGACGUGCCUUCACGCUGGUGCUCUCAAUAGCUAAUGCUCGCCCCAGGACAAGCGAUUACGAUGCGCACCUAGUUCGACGGUUUGUACCGUCUCCUGUCCGAGAUACCUACGCAGCUCUGAGAGCGCUCAACCUGGAGCUUGUGCGCCUCCCCGAAAUCGUAUCGAACCCACUCAUUGGCACUCUCCGCAUCAAGUUUUGGCACGAGUCCAUGGACAAGACUUUCGCCGGAACGCCGCCUCGAGAGCCAAUAUGUAUUUUGCUACAUCAAGCUCUCCAGGAAGUAGAAACUCGAUCCGGCCGCUCGACCAACAAGUCGAUAAAAUUUUGGAUAUCGCGGCUUGUCAAGACAAGAGAAAGAUACAUGGAUGGCCGGCCGUAUCCCAGUCUGGCAGCGUUAGAAGACUACGCCGAAAACACAUAUGCCACCAUGAUGUAUACGACGCUGGCGUCCAUGCCCCUGCGCUCGAUGCACAUUGACCACUUGGCAAGCCAUAUUGGCAAGGCCUGUGGCAUUAUCGCUGUGCUGAGGGGAAUCCCAGUCUUGGCCGCCCCUGGGCGGCCAGUCAAAACUCCCACUGGCGUCGAUGCACCUCCCAGCCGCGAGCCGUCUCUACUGCUACCACUGGACAUCAUGGCCGAGGAAGGAGUCAAGGAAGAAGCAGUCUUCCGACAAGGACCAAACGCACCCGGGCUGCAAGAUGCCGUGUUUAAAGUCGCGACUCGGGCAAACGACCACCUGAUGACGGCUCGGGAGAUGCUGAAGCGGCUAAAGGCUGGCCAAGACCCGGGUCACGAGUUUGAGCACCAAGGAGAAGCUGAGCAUAUUUACACGGGCGAGAGUGACGCGGCCAAGGAAAUCAGACAAAGUUUCGGGGUGCUCCUGGAAGCCGUACCAGCCGCUCACUACUUGGAGAAGCUGGAGAAGGCCAAUUUCGACCCCUUUGCUGUGAAGCCUGGCGGUUGGCGGUUGCCUUGGAGAAUCUGGCAGUCGUUGUCAUCCGAGAAGUUAUAA